AUGUCUACGAUAUAUUCAGAGCCUGAGGUGGAACGGUUUCUGAACAAUUUCAGCGAGCUCCAUUCUGCCAGAGAACAGGAAAACCGUGCCCGGCUUCAGAGUCUGGAGCAGGAGGUGGAUCAGAAACGUAGACAAUAUGAGCUGUCUCCAAAGAAAAAGCCUCUUGUGCCAAAAAAGGCAGCCAAUCUCGACCGCAAAGUCAAGGUGGAGCUGGAAAGGAAGGAGGUUGAGGAUUUUGUGCGCACCGUGGAGCUCGAAAAGCCCAUUGAGAAACCCAACGCUCCAAAACCAAUAAAAUUCGAGGAUGUGAUGAAACAGCCUAUCUUCACUUCACCGGUCGAAAAGAGUACCCCUACGCAGGAAAAAAUCGCCGUUGUCAAGCCCAAGCCACAGCCAAAACCAGAGGUGAUAGAUUUUCGGGCCUCCUUGAAGCCUGCCAAACAGCCCAUUCCGCAAUCCAAACAGAAACUCUCAGUCCCUGUGCUGACAAGCACCGUCGCAAAAACAACAGAAAACCCGCCGCCAUUUCUGGGGGUUCAGCUCUCGCCCACGAAAAAGACGUUCUCAGCCCCAGAAAGCAAAAAGCCCGAGGCCCUGAACAAACUGGGUGCUCUGAAACCGGCAGCUCCAGUAUCGAAAAAGCCAUCAGAGACGCCCGAAGCGCUCGCCAAACUUUCGUCGCUUGCAAAGGCCAAGCCGGCUCCUAAACCUGCGCCACCUAAGCCAGAGGCCCUGCUCAUGCUCUCGAGUCUGAAGAAAACCAAGGAACCAGUGCCGGUCCAGAAGCUGCCACCAAGAGCGAAAACCGAGCCCCAGAUGGGCAUUCCGCUGCCAGGGCUUGCUCAGCCGCACGCUUUUGUCUCCAGGGCGAUGACAGAACCAAAGAAACCCGCGCUGGACACGUCAGAAUUCGACAAACAGGGGCGGCCACUGGAGCACGUGACCAAGAGCAGAGCCAAGGGUCCUAAGCGCAGGCCUCCGAAGGCCAACAAGUACGGAGAGGUGGCUGUGCAGCACAAGAAGACGCCGCCGCCGAUACGCAAGUCGUCGCGCCAGGUGUCUAGCAGCGAGCUGUUUAUAUAG